CUUACUUCUCUUUUACAUCAGAAGUUGUCCAGCAGUGCCAUCAAAAACUGGUGGAAACCACUGGGACCUAGCUGCACCCUUCUACUGUCUGGAGAAGUUUGGCCAAAAAGGACUUCUUGGGAGAAUUGCAGCCAAAAACCCAUAUAUCCAACAUGGAAACAAGGCUAAGUUACUAAACUAUGCAUGAAAACAGGAACUAGAGUGCAGAAAAUGACAGCAGGUGCUCUUGACUGAUGUCAAAAUCUAAAAAAUUUGGCUGCAGAAAAAAUUGUUUUCCAAAGGGCUGGAGAGCGGUACAAUAAUAAGUGUCUGCAGGCAGCAGUAAAGCAUUGUGGAAGUUCCUUGCAAGUUUGGGGCUGCAUUUCUGCAAAUCGAGUUGGAGAUUUGGUCAGGAUUAAUGGUGUCCUCAAUGCUACAAAAUACAGGCAGAUACAUAUCCAUCAUGAAAUAACAACAGGAAGGCAUCUGAUUGGCCCAAAAUAUUUUCUGCAGAAAGACAAUAAACCCAAACAUACAGCCAGUGUCAUUACAAAUUAUCUUUAAAGUAGAAAUGAACAAAGAGUCCUAGAAGGUGAUGGUUUUAUUCUCCACAGAUUCCUGAUAUCAACAAAAUCAAGUUUGUCUGGGAUUACAUGAAGAGACAGAUGGAUUUGAGGCAGCCUAUACCCACAGAAGCUCUAUGUAUAAAGUGAGAUGCUGUGGCCAGACUGUAAAGUGCUGCAGGCUAUAAAAGGAAGGCGAAGGUCAAGAUGGGGGUCCAUGCGUGGGUCCCGGCUGAAGAUCUCUUGCUCCUUCUGGUUUGUUUUGCUGUUUGGAGCUGGAGGUUUGGUACUUUUCAUCCAUCUACAGGACCUGUCAGACAUGGUGCAGCAGCAGGGACCAGGGGUCAAUUUCAAUGGCUUGACAUGGCAGAUAAGAGAGGAACUUUGUGGACAGCAGGAUAGCAACAUUACAGGCAGAAUGUCUGCAGUUUCUUUUAAAAGACAACACAGACCCAAUGGACCAAGUGUUAAUAACUAUAUCUCGCCAGUCCAUUCUCCGGCAUUCAACUGGAGCAAACUUGAUCAAGCCUCUCAUCGUGUUACCAAACGCCAUCGGAAACUUCUCAAGACAAGCUCAGCAAUUCGGUCACUCUCCAACUCCUCGUCAUUAUCUUCGCCUACACCCAAAAGCUGGCAGCACUUUUAUCAUAUGCAGAAGACUCGUCACAAGCUGAUCAAGGAAGUCUGUGCCAAAUACCGAAGCAACAUCUCGCAAACAGUAACAUCGCACCAUGUGUCUCGAAUUUAUGUAGAGGACAGGCACAAGCUGCUUUACUGUGAAGUCCCCAAAGCAGGCUGCUCCAAUUGGAAGCGAGUUCUGAUGGUGCUUGCUGGUGUUGCGUCCUCCACUCAAAAGAUAAACCAUGAGACUGUUCACUACAGCAACCACUUAACACGACUAGACAGCUUGGACCAGCAUGCAGUCUCUGAGCGUCUCCGUUCCUACACCAAGGUGCUGUUCAUCCGGGAGCCGAUGGAGCGUCUGGUCUCAGCAUACAGAGACAAAUUUGAGAGCCCAAACUCCUACUACCAUCCAGUGUUUGGCAAGCCCAUAAUCUCCAAGUACAGGGUGAAUGCAUCAAAAUCAGCACUCAGGACAGGAAGUGGGGUCACUUUUCAGGAAUUUAUCCGUUACCUGCUGGAUGUACACCGUCCCAUAGGUAUGGACAUCCACUGGGAGCCAGUAAGUCAGCUGUGCAGUCCAUGCCUGCUUGACUAUGAUUUCAUUGGCAAAUUCGAGACCAUUGAGGAGGAAGCGAACUUUCUUUUGCAUAGAGUGGGUGCUCCAAAAAACCUCACGUUCCCCACUUUCAAGGACAGAAACCCUGAAGCGGCGAGGACUUCCACACGUAUCACGCAGCAUUACUUCACACAGCUCAGUGCCUCCGACAGGCAGAGGGUUUAUGACUUCUACUAUAUGGACUAUCUAAUGUUUAACUAUUCCAAACCUUUUCAUGAUGUGUAUUGAAUAACUGAUUGAACCCUUGGCAUUGUCAUAGUUGUUAGUGUAUAGGAUUUCAAAAACGACUAGAUUAUUACAUUGUGACAUUUACGUAGUAGUAUUUCAUUCCAGCUGCUGUCAAUAAAACGUGUGAUUGCUGCACGCUAAAUUAAAACAGAGCACUAAAAAUGA